AUGGCGAGGCAGGAUGUUGCUUCUAUGAUUGCGGUUGCUCCCAUUGUUGGAGCAUUUGCUUCUGCCCCUACAUGUGUGCAGUCCAUCGGUGUCUGCUACGGCGUGAUCGGCAACAACCUCCCGUCUCGGAGCGAGGUGGUGCAGCUCUACAGGUCCAAGGGCAUCACGGACAUGCGCAUCUACUUCGCCGACGGGCAGGCGCUCUCCGCCCUACGUAACUCCGGCAUCGGCCUCAUCAUCGACGUCGGCAACGAUCAGCUCGGCAGCAUCGCCGCCAGCGCCUCCAACGCGGCCGCCUGGGUCAAGGACAACGUGCAGCGUUACCAGGGCCUUACCAUCAAGUACAUCACGGCCGGCAACGAAGUCCAGGGCAGCGACACGCGGAGCAUCGUCCCGGCCAUCCGGAACCUCAACGCGGCGCUGUCGGCCGUCGGCCUCGGCGGCAUCAAGGUGUCCACCGCAAUACGGUUCGACGCAGUGGCCAACUCCUUCCCGCCCUCCUCCGGCGUGUUCGCGCAGUCCUACAUGACGAACGUGGUCCGGCUCCUCGCCAGCACCGAAGCGCCGCUCCUCACAAACAUCUACCCCUACUUCGCCUACCGCGACAACCCGCGGGACAUCCAGCUGAACUACGCGACGUUCCGGCCGGGCACCACGGUGAGGGACGAAAACAACGGGCUGACCUACACGUGCCUGUUCGACGCCAUGGUGGACGCCGUGCACGCGGCGCUGGAGAAGGCCGGCGCACCGGGCGUGAGGGUGGUGGUGUCGGAGAGCGGUUGGCCGUCGGCCGGCGGGUUCGGCGCGAGCGCGGACAACGCGAGGGCGUACAACCAGGGACUGAUCGACCACGUCGGCGGGGGCACCCCCAAGAGGGGUGGCGCGCUGGAGACGUAUAUCUUCGCCAUGUUUGACGAAAACCAGAAGACCGGCAUCGAGACGGAGAAGCACUUCGGGCUCUUCAGGCCGGACAAGUCGCCGGCGUACGCCAUCCGGUUCUAA